CUUAGCAAUUGUUGAGGUGAAGGUUUGGCGAAUGUGAAUGGUACUGUAGCAGCUUUAUGAUGAAAAGCAUCGAACAAUGAAUGGAAAAUUGAGGUAGACCCAUGAAUCCAGCUCUGCUCAAUGAGUGAGGAGUCGACGGCGCCGAUUCGUGCUGCCGUUAAACACUGGCUUAGCGCCAGCACACGCUGCCGCCGGUCUCAGCUCUCACCUCUCAGCCACAGCCAGUGUAUACCGGGACAUGAACCAAAGAGUACGCGUUAUACAAGAUCCGCCCAUUGCGAAAUGCAUCAUGAUGGCAGACACAUUGUACACAGAAGCAAUGUACAAGCAGCAACAGCAGCAGCAGCAGUCGGCAGGGGGCCAGGGGGGACUGGGGAGUCAGAUGCCAAUGGGGGGCUGUGGGGGGCAGGGGGGCAGGAUGACAGCUCCGAAAUGGGGGGCGCAGCUGGGGGGGACCAGCUGGAGAGGGCGGACGCAACUCAGGAUGACGCUCUUCACCUCCAGAGACGGGUGGGACUCUUCAGUGGGGUGGCUCUAAUUGUCGGCACCAUGAUCGGGUCUGGAAUAUUCGUGUCGCCGUCUGGUCUUUUGAUUAGAACCAGAUCGGUUGGUAUGAGCUUUCUCAUCUGGAUUGCUUGUGGUGUGCUCUCACUGCUGGGUGCACUGGCAUACGCAGAGCUGGGCACAAUGAACACGUCAUGCGGCGCCGAGUAUGCCUACUUCAUGGACGCGUUCGGCUCGCUGCCGGCCUUCCUGUUCUCGUGGGUGUCGACGCUGGUGCUCAAGCCGUCGCAGCUGGCCAUCAUCUGCCUCAGCUUUGCCAAGUACGUGGUCGAGGCCUUUGUCACAGAGUGUGAGCCGCCCGAAACUGUCGUCAAAAUGGUCGCCAUCCUAUCCAUUAUGGUCAUAUUAUUCAUCAACUGCUACAGUGUGAAUCUAGCAACUGGAGUCCAAAAUGCAUUUACAGCCGCUAAACUGGUGGCCAUAUUAAUUGUCAUUUGCGGAGGAGGCUACAAGCUAUUUCAAGGAAACACUCAAAAUUUCGAGAACAUGUUUAGUGGAGAGACAGCAUCGAUUGGAAGUAUAGCAACCGCAUUCUACACCGGCUUAUGGGCUUACGACGGUUGGAAUAAUCUCAACUACGUUACUGAAGAAAUAAAGAAACCCUCAAAAAAUCUUCCACGAUCCAUAAUGAUAGCGAUUCCUCUGGUCACUCUGUGCUAUGUUCUCAUCAACAUCUCCUACCUGUCUGUCAUGUCUGCUGCUGAGAUGGAAGAGUCAGAAGCUGUAGCUGUUACGUUUGGAAACCGCAUUUUGGGAGCGCUAGCAUGGCUGAUGCCUCUCUCAGUUACCAUUUCAACAUUCGGUUCAGCCAAUGGCACCCUGUUUGCAGCUGGAAGGCUAUGUUUCGCAGCUAGUCGAGAGGGCCACCUGAUGAACAUCUUAUCCUAUGUACACAUCAGACGUUUGACACCAGCACCAGGACUCAUCUUUCAUUCGAUAAUAGCUGCAGCAAUGAUCCUUUCUGGAAACAUCGAAUCACUGAUAGACUUCUUCAGCUUUACUGCGUGGAUAUUCUACGGUGGCGCUAUGCUGGCAUUGAUUGUUAUGCGAUACACUAGACCCAACUUCCCACGGCCCUACAAGGUUCCGUUCAUCAUUCCAGUUGUGGUUCUAGUGAUAUCCAUCUACUUGAUAAUAGCCCCAAUCAUAGACUCGCCCCAAGUAGAAUAUCUUUAUGCGGCACUAUUCAUUCUAGCUGGGCUCAUAGUUUAUGUGCCAAUAGUGCACUAUAGAUUCAAUACCUCAAUAAUGGAUCGAUUCACAGUGUUUUGUCAACUGUUGCUGGAGGUUGCUCCGACCCAGGCUCUAUUUGACUGAUGAGAGCAUGUAUAGAUCAACAAGUGUAGAGCUUGUAGCAGAUACUAAUGUUGAUGUUCAAGUCAAUAACCACAAUGCAAUAUUGUUACAACCUCUAAUCCAUUUUGCAUAUCUCGGCUCCAACGAAUAUCGAUUUGGUAGCAUUUAUAUACAUGAUUUGAUUCAAGCAAUAUAUGUUCGAUUUAUAGUAGCCUAAAACCCUAUAAUUUCGAGAAUGCUGGUAGAGAUUUUCAAGUGAUGGUGAGAUAUGACAAGCCUACUAAAGCAGUAGAAUUGAUAUGAAAGUUUCAAGCAAAUUUCAACUUUGUAAUGAAUUAUGGACUUCCAUAAGCGAAUUAAAACCAUUAGCUAUCCAAACAGUAAUUUAUCACUCUGUUAGUCCGGGUGGGGGGGUUGAUUUUCGGCUGAGCCUGGCAUUUUCUAUCAUAAUUUCAUAUCAUUAUCCUCAUCAAAGUCUCACGUAGAAAUUAAAAAGUAAAACAGAACGGAAUUAUUGUUUUUGUGAAAUAUAAUUUAUUUGAUAAAAGUGAGUACCUAUUUUCAAGAACAGAAAUCGUUAUCAUUGUGAGCAACCUAAUAUGGUUUUAUUAUUUAAAUUAUUUUACAUGAAAAAACGUUGGGAAUCUGUUCCUUAAUUUAUUGACAAAUUAUAUUCAGCUUGAUAUUUCUACGCUAAAGCAUAAAUUAAUAGAUUUGACCAAACUCUUUGGUUUUUGAAGCUGAAUUUUUCUAAAUAAAUGCUCAAUAUUUUUUUAAUUUCACCAGCAAUGAUUAGAUACAAGAGCUUAGAAAAGAAUCUACUGCUGAAUUUAUAGAUAAAGAAUUGAACUGUACUAUUUGAAGAAAAUGUAUUAUGAAAAUUUUAAUUGAAAAUUCACAUUCAAUUUACGAUGUGAGUUAAAUCUAGCCGGCACGUAAUCAGCUAAUCAAUACUCGGUCGUAAUCAGCUGACCGUUGCCGUUACAUGUACGAGGACUUUCUAUAUACUACCUAAUAUUGGAGGUCCUGCUCGUACUCAGAUGCCGGGUCGGUACACUGUAUGUUAGGUUUUGAUUAUGUACUAUCAGAGCAGGCAUAGGCAUCUAUAUUAUUUACAUCCUCCAAAUGAUUUCUGAUCGCAGAUCGCUCUGUGUAGCCAGGCCCCUAAAUCGAUACGAUUAACCAGUUAACAAAAUUAUCAACUUGAGUUUGAUGUGAGGAUUGCAAACAAGAGCAUUAUUGAUUAAAACAUAAGAAUUAUUGUCAAUGUCAAAAAUGUUAUCUUAAAUUGAGGUAAAUAAAUGAAAAGUUUCUGCCAUUGAGAGCUCCAUUGAUUAUUAAAAUUAAAAAAAAAAGUCAAAUUAGCUUGUAGGAUGUAGAUGAUAAAAUUUGAUUUGAUUGAACUGAAAAUUUAAUAAGAAACAAAACUUAUUCAUGUCUGCUGAGAUUGAAUCAAAUCAGUGUAAGUUUUUUGGUUAGCAAAUCGAAAUCCAGUAAGGAUAAUAACACCAAUUUCAACGAAAAUUUAAAGGAGAUAGUAUAAAUUAUUGGCUCUUCACAUUCAUAUCAUAUCAGUUCCAAAUUUAUCAGUAGUUUACCUAUUUAUCAAAGUGUUUCUACUAUUGAACAAAUAGGCUAUGAACAAUUGGUUUCUAGUGCGGUAAUGUAUCAAGGAAAGUAAAGAUACUGUUUUGUUAUCGACUCAUUUUUGACAUUACAAAAAAGUGUAAUUGUUGCAUUACUAACUAUCUUGUAACUGUGAUACAAAAUUUAUUUCAAUGUUAAUCGAAUUUUAAAGUGAAUCAUAGAGUACAAAAUGUUCAAUUACAGUAUAAAUUUAUAAUAGAGCUAUCUGAUGUUCAAAAAAAAAAAAAAAAUACAACAAUUUUGAUGGAUUCAAUGAGAUCAACAUUUGAAGACAACUUGAAUCAACAAAAUACAAGGUAUUAUUCGAAUCAAUGAUUAUAAUUGUACUAUUUUUAUUGUUCUAUUUAAAAUGUACUCAAAUGAUAACAAACUUUUAAUUGACAAUUAUUACUGUUUCUUACUGUAGUUACCCAAUGAUUAUCAUGAUGCAUAAUUGAUUAUUAUAAAGAUGAUCACUUCCAUGAAUAUGAUUGAUAAUAUUCCAAUAUUGUCUCAUGAUAGAUUAAAUCAAUAAUGAAUCAUUUCAAGCAAUUGAUUAGAAAAUUUAGUAAGUGCUCACCCACAAAUCAUUUCUAUUUCAAAGAAGGAGCAAACAUUUUUGAAUUAAUUUCCCAACACUUGUAAAUUGGAGACAAAAAACCAAAUAAACAAUGUAAUUCAGAAUACAUUAUAUUGACAUAGUUGAUGAUUAUCAUUCCAUUUUCCAUAACUUCGUUUUUACGAAUUGAAACUAACAUUAGCUGCAAUUAUUGUCUGAGAGGUAAUUUUACUAUUUAAAAAUUGAAUGGUUUUAACUCUUGUAAGGAGUGAGCAUUUAUGGUAAAAUUUCGAUUGAAGGAGAAAAAUGUGCUUGACAGAUCUCAUGCUAUGAUGAAAACUUGGGAUAAAGUUAUUUUUUACCAAAAUAGAUUGAAGUAUAAGUAUAUAAAUUUAUAUACUAUUUUUUUAUGUUGAAAAGUGUUAUUUUUUAAAUUAUAGAUAACUGUUGUUAUAUUGUAAAUUUAUUACUGUUGCAAUAAAUAUACAACAUGAUGAAUGA